AUGAUCAGUUCAUCAGCGCCCAUAAGCACACAGCUACACCACCAACUGGCCUUAGCUAGCUAAGCUACUUCGUCGUCCAUGGGGCGGAGAGGCGCGGGGACGACCGCGGCGGCGGCGGCGGCGGCGGCUCUGGCGGUGCUGCUGGCUGCCGCCGCCGCGGCAGCGGUGAGGGCGUCGCCGGCGGAAGGGUUCCAGCCGCUGUCCAAGAUCGCCGUCCACAGGACCACCGUCGAGAUGCAGCCGUCGGCGUACGUGCAGGCGACGCCAUCGCUGCUCGGCGACCAGGGAGAAGACACUGAAUGGGUGACGGUGAAGUACGGCCAGACAACGCCGUCCGUCGACGACUGGAUCGCCGUUUUCUCUCCAGCUGAUUUCAUCUCGGGCACGUGCCCUAACCCUUCGAGAUACCCUGGAGAACCGCUGCUCUGCACAGCGCCUAUCAAGUAUCAGUAUGCCAACUACUCGGCGAACUACAUCUACUGGGGCAAGGGCCACAUCCGGUUCCAGCUCAUCAACCAGCGCUACGACUUCGCCUUCGCCCUCUUCACCGGCGGCCUCGAAAACCCGAAGCUGAUCGCGGUGUCGGAGCCGAUCUCGUUCAAGAACCCCAAGGCGCCGGUGUACCCGCGCCUCGCCCAGGGCAAGACCCACGACGAGAUGGCGGUGACGUGGACUAGCGGCUACGACAUCAGCGAGGCGUACCCGUUCGUGGAGUGGGGCGCGGUCGCCAGCGGCGCCCAGCCGGCUCGCACGCCCGCCGGGACGCUCACCUUCAACCGCGGCAGCAUGUGCGGCGAGCCGGCGCGCACGGUCGGGUGGAGGGACCCCGGCUUCAUCCACACCGCGUUCAUGCGAGACCUGUGGCCCAACAAGGAGUACUACUACAAGAUCGGGCACCAGCUACAGGACGGAUCCGUGGUGUGGGGCAAGCCCUACACGUUCCGUGCUCCGCCGUCGCCGGGGCAGAACUCGCUGCAGCGCGUCAUCGUCUUCGGCGACAUGGGAAAGGCGGAGAGGGACGGAUCGAACGAGUUCGCGAACUACCAGCCGGGAUCGCUGAACACGACGGACGCGCUGGUCAGGGAUCUGGAGAACUACGACAUCGUCUUCCACAUCGGCGACCUGCCCUACGCCAACGGCUACAUCUCCCAGUGGGACCAGUUCACUGCGCAGGUCGCGCCCAUCACCGCCAAGAAGCCCUACAUGAUCGCAAGCGGUAACCAUGAGAGGGACUGGCCCAACACCGGCGGGUUCUUCGACGUCAAGGACUCCGGGGGCGAGUGCGGCGUGCUGGCCGAGACCAUGUACUACUACCCAGCAGAGAACAGAGCCAACUUCUGGUACAAGGUGGACUACGGGAUGUUCCGGUUUUGCGUCGCCGACUCGGAGCACGAUUGGCGGAAGGGCACGGAGCAGUACAAGUUCAUCAAGCACUGCCUCUCGACGGUGGACCGGAAGCACCAGCCGUGGCUCAUCUUCGCGGCACACCGCGUGCUGGGCUACUCCUCUAACAGUUGGUAUGCCAUGGAGGGCACCUUCGAGGAGCCCGAGGGCCGCGAGAGCCUGCAGAAGCUGUGGCAGAAGUACCGCGUCGACAUCGCCUUCUUCGGCCAUAUCCACAACUAUGAGCGGACUUGUCCUAUCUACCAGAGCCAGUGCAUGACCAACGAGAAGAGCCACUACUCGGGGACGAUGAACGGCACUAUCUUCGUGGUGGCUGGCGGCGGCGGCAGCCACCUGUCGGACUACACGACGGCGAUCCCCAAGUGGAGCAUCUUCCGCGACCGGGACUUCGGGUUCGUGAAGCUCACGGCGUUCAACCACUCGUCGCUGCUGUUCGAGUACAAGAAGAGCAGCGACGGCAAGGUCUACGACUCCUUCACCAUCGACAGGGACUACCGGGACGUCCUCAGCUGCGUGCACGACAGCUGCUUCCCCACCACGCUGGCCACCUAAAAAGCCAUUGCUAUGCUAACUACGAGUACGUACUAUAGUAUCGUCUUGGACUCUUGGUCUUGCAGUUGAGCCUGAUAAGAAACAUGCAUGUGUUACGUCACGAGUGAUCAAUCGGCCGUGGCACUUGGCUAGUGUAGCUUCCAUUGUUUUCGUUUAUUGGCAAUAACAUUGCUCAGUGAAUGGUCAGUAGUAUUUAGUUUUUAGUGUUAGAGAUGGCCUUCUCUGUUUUCUAUAAGAAGUAAAAGAAAUCUUUCACAAAA